AUGCACAAUAGGAACUCAAGUCGAGAAGAUCUAUAUAGUAAAGCUCACGUUAACUCAUUACCAUCCGGCAUAUUUCAACGAGCUAUUAACUCUAUUUGUUUCCAAUUUAUCACUAAAACAAAUAUGUAUUUUCAUUUGAUUUCUCCGACUCAAUCGUACCAGUUGGAGAAAGCUACGCUCACGGAUUCAACUACUUCUGCUGAGAACGCUUGGAACUGGACAUUCUUUAUCAUUCGAUAUGUUUUCAAACACUUUCUUACUUCUUUUGGUAAUCCUACAUCUUCUUGCAAGUUUGCAUGCUUAUCGGAUCAAUUCAAAUAA